UGGCUGCUGGUGGAGCGGGGUUAUUACACGUUACACACGGUCUCCUCAUAAGCAGUCUGUUCAGUACAUACUCAGCCCCUAAUGACCCUACGAGUGCUCGGCAGCUGCACUGAUUUAGGGUCAUGAAUACCCGCCUGGAAGUGACCAUUCUCUGAGCGUUGUUAGCUGCUUAUACAAGAGCGAUUUCACUGAAACGUGUUGUUUGUGUAGUUGCCAUUGCCUGUGCCGAAUAGUCUCUAAUAAGGAAAACGUUGCCUAGUUUGCCUUGUUAUUCCUUCAGCCUUGCUAUUUACAGGGGUCCAGCUCUGCUCCUGGUGGUCAGGUCUGGUGCUUUGUUUCCAUGGCUUGGCUGGUAGUUCCUCGGGAAGACCUGUAUUUGUCUGAGCAGGUGAUCGUACUCCUGUCCUGUGUUCUGUCUUUCCUGGGCUCUGCCCUUAUUAUUGCAACUUACAUCUUCUGGCAAGAUCUCAGGAGUCGUCCACGUCUUCUUCUUCUCUUCUUGUCUGUGGCAGAUUUACUGUCUGCCAUCUCUUAUUUCUAUGGUGUCCUGCGCAACUUCCAGGAAACCACAUGGGACUGCGUGACCCAGGGGGCUAUUUCCACCUUCUCCAAUACCAGUUCAUUCUUCUGGACAGUUGCUGUGGCUGUAUAUCUGUACAUUACCAUUGUAAAGUCUCAGCAGAACUUCGCUGACCAGCUUAUUCCCUGGCUGCAUCUAAUCAGCUGGGGGGUGCCUCUAGUGAUCACGCUGUCUGCAGUUUGCCUGAAGAAGAUCGGUUACGAUGCCUCCUAUGUGUCUGUCGGCUGGUGCUGGAUAGAUAUAGAUGCCGAGGAUAAGCUGCUGUGGAUGCUGCUUGCUGGAAAAGCAUGGGAAAUUUUGGCCUAUCUCACACUGCCAGUGUUAUACAUUCUUAUCAAAAAACACAUCGGGAGAGCGCAUGCUGCUUUGGCCGAAUACCGUCCAAUACUGGCUACUUCACCAGUGAACCAGCCCAGAACAAUUGCAGAUAAGAAGCUUGUUUUCAUCCCUGUUAUCUUUAUCUUCCUUCGUGUCUGGAGUACAAUACGAUUCAUUCUGACACUUUGUGAUUCUCCAGCAGUGCACAAUCCCAUCCUCGUCACCCUUCAUGGCAUUGGAAAUACUUUUCAGGGAGGCGCCAACUGCAUCAUGUUUGUUUUAUGCACACCCGUCAUUAGGUCUCGAUUAGUGUCCUGUCUGAAUGUCUGCAACAGAUCCUCUCGCAGAGACAAUGAGACAUCAUCUAGAAGAACAUACGGAUCCACAGAAAGAACACAAGGGAACCAAACAUGAUCAAGCCACCUAGCUAGUGACUGACUUGCAGUUCUGUGAGGCCUUUGGGCAUCCAAGAAAUACAGAUAUGUUCAGUUAUGGUGGCUUUGAUCUUUCCACUUUCAAAUGCAAAUUGUCUGCCAUGGUCCAUUGCAAUACUGAAAAAAGUACCGUAAUCCCUGAUGUUCUUGGUAUUUCUUUCUUGGCUGUGUUACAAUUCAUGUUCUUUGCUCAUAAAACCCAAUCGUAUAUGAUACAUUGCAAUGAUAUGCAUUUGUUCUCCAUUGAAACAUCUGUUGUAAGUUUACAGUACAUUUACUUUUGUUGACAAUGUGAUAAACAGCAAUAGCCUGCCAUUUGCGCACAAUGAAUGGCUUGUACUAGUAUGACAUUUGUGGCCAAGCAGUAGUGUUUUUAUAGAAAACACAGAAUUGGAAUUUUUAACCUCCUUAGGGCUAGGGCCAGACGACUGAAGAUUUUGGCUUGCUUUCUCUGCAGGUCGAGAAUCCGUUGCCUCACUGCUGUUCCGCUCCUGCUCUGCCUGCAGCAGUUUUCGGCACCGAAACGCAACAUUUUGUAUUUUAUGCCAAAAUCCACCUUGCCUUCAUAAGAAAAGGGAAGCAGCAAGGCAGCAGAGAAACUGCAAUCACUUACAUCAUCUGGCCCUUUCCUAAAUGUUCCAGAUUACACUCUCUAAUGAGCUAAUAAAAGGCACAACAUUUUCCCAGGUCCACAAACUCCUAGCCACUUAUCAUGAUUUAUAGCUACCUAUCAUGACUAACACAUGACCAGUAAAUACUUCCUCUUGAUUGGUUGCUGGGUAUUUUGAAACUCUUCCAAAACCUCUUCUUAAAACUUAUUUAUAGCCCAGUGCGCUUAUAAUCAUACAAUGGAUUUUUAAAAAUUGAUAUGCGCACUAUUUGCAUUAUAUUUAGUAAAAUUAAUCUUUUAAACAAUUCCGUCCCCCGCCACCUUUAAUGAUCUGUUUGACAGUAUCUGACCUAGCCAUAUACAAUACAUCUAUCAGGGACUGGUUUACUAAUAUCAGUAGUAAAUCCCAGUAGAGCAGUUGCCAGUAGCAAUUGGCUCUGACCAGACUUCUUCUAAGUACAAGAAAAACUCUGAUCUGAUUGGUAUGGGUAACUUUACUGGUGCAAUUUAGAUGCUACAUUAGUAAAUCUGCCUUUUGUUGUGUCUUGCCAUAGAAAUAAGAAAAGUUUGUUGAGUGUUUUUUAAGUGCACUUUUGUUUAUCAAUAUCAAUAUUUUUUCAUGCAGGUAGAGGUCCACAGUUAUUUGCACUCCCACAGAUCAAUUUAAAUAUACUGUACAAAUGUAAACCAGCAAUAUGCCAGGUACUGUUUACAGUUUAUAUCUUUGUGGUUUAAAUAUUAUGCUUCCAGUGCUGAAUUUUUAAAAUGUUUAAAAAAAUAUAUAUAUUUAUUGCAUAUUGCCGUGUCAACAUGAUGUGGAAAUUAUGUAUUGGUGUCAAAUGAUAAAGGUGCACAAAUACACUACAGAUCCACUCUAACUAAAAGUAUCUGCUAGUGCCAUAAUGCCUUUUAUAAUGUCUUCCAGUAGUGGCCUUUACCUACUUGAAUCAGGUUGCAGGGCUUCUCUCCACUUACCCAGAUGUCAUGGAGUUAAUGUUACAAAUGAAUGGACUGUUAGCUAAGCGUAUAUUCAGGGUGAUAAAAUCAGCUGGCUCAUUGGCCCAGGUAUGGGCUACUUACAGCCUGACCGACUGAAUAGCUGAAUGCAAAUUGGAUUUCUGUUGGUCAGAAUAGAAGUAAGGACUGCAUGUGCUUGUCAAUGCAGCUCUCUCCUGAUUGGUCUGCAUAGACCCUUAUUGGGAUCUGAUCAUUGGCCUACAUACUCAUUUUAUCAUGCAGUACAGCAAUAACACACAUUUACCAUUUACAUUUUAUAGUCACUGACAAAAGGCCACACUGCCUUUAAGCCCUUAAUGGUCCCUGAAAUCACUGAAUCAGUAGGUGCUCGCUAUGUGGUGAGAUGUACCAAAGGGACUGCCUAGUAAUGUCUUUUCAAACUAGUACUGUAACUGUUUUUAUAUGUGUAUGCCUGAUCUGUAGGACAACUUCAUUAUUGAAGGUUUAGGAGAAAACAAUGUUGUAGCUGAAGGGGUGGGAGAAAAAUGGAAAUACAUUUUUAUGUCCUUUAAACUGGGUUAAAAUUAUGAAGUGCCUGUUCUUUUGUACUUGUUUAUAUUUGGCUGAAGGUCUACUCGUCAAAAAUAUUAAAGCAAAGUGAUUUAUAAAGA